AUGGUGUUGGUGCUUGUCGUCGGCGACCUUCACAUCCCACAGCGUGCUGCAGCCAUACCGGAGGAAUUUACACAAAUGUUCUCCCCAGGACGUAUCAACAUCGUGCUGAUAACGGGCAAUGUCGGUUGUCGCGAGAUGUAUGACUACUUUCGAACCGUCGCUCCAGAGGUGUAUUGUGCCAAGGGGGAGUUUGACCAAUGGAGCCACACCCAAUUGAAGGAAAUACACGUGAUCACGGUGGAGGAUUUAAAGAUUGGCCUCGUCCAUGGACACCAGGUGGUGCCUUGUGGUGACAGGGAUUCAUUGGCUAUUUUGCAGCGCAAGUUGGAUGUGGAUGUUCUCGUUUCAGGUGCCACGCAUCACUGCAAAACUUUUGAGUUUGACGGUCAUCUCUUUAUUAACCCCGGCUCUAUUACAGGGGCAUUUACUCCCGCACAUUUAGAUGUGACUCCCACCUUUGUGCUACUGGAUAUCAAAGAGAAAACAGUGACUUCCUUCUCCUAUGUGUACACACGGAGGGAAGGUGCUGCCGGUGGUGAGAACUUCACAAUUAAGAGGAAAGUGUGGACGAAGGAGUAG